AUGAAGCUCUUGUAUCCACGUGGCAAAUACAUAUUUGCUACUUUACUUUCACAUGGAUCGCUAUCCGGAUAUUCAUCUCUUGUCCAAUCUCUAUCGUUAAUAAAAAAUCUUAAUCAACGGGCUAUAUUCUCAAUCACCACAAUACCAAAAAAUUUCACACACUUUUCGAAAUUCUCAACUUUCCCGCCUUCCAUCUCUCUUUAUAAAUUCUCCAUUACCCAUUUCUCAAAAUUCACCAUUGCAGCAAAACUCCAGAAUUACUCAAUAUAUUCAUUCUCUUUGUUCUCAUACAAUCAAAUGGCUCGUACUAAGCAAACUGCCCGCAAAUCCACUGGAGGAAAGGCUCCAAGGAAGCAGCUAGCCACCAAGGCUGCUAGAAAGUCUGCCCCGGCGACUGGAGGAGUGAAGAAACCUCACCGUUUCAGGCCAGGAACUGUGGCUCUUAGAGAAAUCAGGAAGUACCAGAAGUCUACUGAGUUGUUGAUCAGGAAGCUUCCAUUUCAGAGGCUUGUGAGGGAAAUCGCUCAGGAUUUCAAGACAGAUCUGAGGUUCCAGAGCAGUGCUGUUGCUGCUCUACAAGAGGCUGCUGAGGCUUAUCUCGUUGGUCUCUUUGAAGAUACCAAUCUCUGCGCAAUUCAUGCUAAGAGGGUCACCAUCAUGCCUAAGGAUAUUCAGCUUGCAAGGAGGAUCCGUGGAGAGAGGGCUUAAGAAGAAGAUAGUUAGUGGUGUUUAUGUCUAUUUGGUGUUUUUUUUUUCUUUUUGCUUAGAUCCGUUGUCGGAAGUUGGAAUGCCAGUGUUAGUAAUGUAAAUCGUAAAUCCGAUUUUAUUCUGAAGUAGGUGUAAACUGUUGGUUUACUGGUUUCUGGAUCUGAUUAAUGAAAUUUGCACUUUUCGUUCA